AUGGCUAGAUUGUUUGUCAGUGCUCAUACCAAAAGAAUAUGUGAAGAUGAUGAGCCCACAGCAAAGAAACACAAAUUGGAUUUUAAUGUAUUGAGGAAUGACCUGGUGGAAAAGUAUCGGAAAUUCUUUAUCAAGACAGAAUUUAUUCCUUGGAAGCCGGAGGAAGGUCUGGUUGAUGUUGAUGAGGUUUACUCUCCGCUUUUUAUGCAAAGGAGGGUAAUAAGCUUAGAAAAAGAGAAACAACAAACAAACAAGGAUGUUGAGAAACUACCUAAGGACAAACAAAGAAAAGGGAAACAGAAGGGCAAGCCUAUCCCAUCUAUCCAUGAACUCUUCUAUUACAAUAACAAAUUUUAUAAAAAGAUUCUGAUAAGUGCAGAUUCAGGAGCAGGUAAAACUACUUUGUGUAGGAAACUGAUUUCUCUGUGGUGUAAACAGUCAGAAGAUAGACUGGAAACUGGAGCGUGUGCAGCAUCAGAGGAGUUAAAGGAAUUUAUUUACGUUACUGAUGAUCAUGAAGAUACGAAUACAGAGGGUGAAAGCAUGGAAGCUUUGGAGUUUGACUUUCUAUUUUAUGUGUCGCUUAGACAUGCAAAGCAAGAAGAGUAUAUAGAAGAUAUGAUUGUCAGGCAACUUCAGAUCAAGGACGAAGAUUUACAACAGAUCCUAGACACAACAAACUGUCUUGUUAUAGUUGAUGGCUUAGAUGAAUGGUCACCUCAGCAACAUGUUCAUUACGGUCCUAUGGAUAUAAAGGGUUGCCCAAAAGAGAAGCGUGUUGGUCAGUUUUAUUCUGUGUUUACAACAAGACCAUGGAAGCUUGUGGAUGAAGCAAGGGAUGCAGAUAAGCUUGAAUUGCAGUGUCAGCUGAGAGGAGUUCAAACCUAUGAAGAAAUGAUUGCAUUAUAUGCAGAACUGAUAAAAGCUAGAAAAGACUUUUCAAAAGAAAAAUUCCUUGAGGAUGUGAGAAACAAGACCCAGUUUCUGUCAACGCCACUUCUUUUGAAAUUAGUCAUGUUACUAUGGGCUGAGAGGGGUAAAUUAGAAGAAUCAGAUUGCAUGUUGUAUGGUCGAGUAGUUGAAUUGCUGAUUAAGAGUGGCCUUGAAAGAAAUAUUAAUGAUGAUGAAUUUAUGGGAAAAGUAAAAGAAAUUCAUCAAUAUGACAAGGCACCUUUAUGCUUUAACAGAUCUGAUGAUUUUUCUCACCUGUCAAAAUAUUUCUCUGCAGUUAAACAGGUUGCAAAAGUGUCAUUUGAAACUCUACUUAAAGGGACUUUGUUAUUGACGGAUACGGAUGUCCAGAUGUAUACAGAAAAAUAUAACAUAGACUUGCUCUUUUUAAAGAAGUUGGGAUUGUUUUCUCAAAGUCCACACAUAGGAGGUUCUUUUAUAGAUAGAGAGAGCAAAGUUACUUUCAUCCACAAAUCUUUUCAAGAGUUUUAUGCGGCAAUCCAUAUUGUUUCAAAUCCAGAAGGGUUGUUAUAGGAUUCUCAAGGAAAAGUGGUCAAAAUUGGAUCCUGAAAGUGCCAAUGCAAGGGCUGUAGUUUUGUCUGAUGUCUUCAAAUUCGUCAGUGGCAUGGAUCCGAGUGCUAUGCCAAAGAUGUACAAGUUAAUUUAUAUGUAUACAUUUGAUCACAUCAAUGCUAUAAUGCAAGACAUGCACCAGUGUCAGACUGAUAGGACUGAAAAGUUUAAAAUCCAUUUUAGUGAAAGAUAUGGUUGUAUUGUGAAAAAAAAUCUGGCCCCCAAUGCCUGUAGGAAUUGGCUACUUUUGGGAGAUCCCAUUGACAGACUGUUACAAACUUUUAAUGAACAUAUCAGAAAAAAUGUUACUGAAAUUUUAAAUUGUGGACAUUCAGACUUCAAAAUACAUAUUACUGACUUGUCUUUAUGUUUCCAUAAAAUAUAUCCUAGCCGACAGUGUAAUGAGGUGCUUAAUAUGUUCAAAGUCUUGAAGUAUAUAAGCCCAUCAUCUCUGAAAACACUG